GUUGCAAAAAUAAGUAUUGUGUAACCGAAAGUCACUGUGGUGAUUCGACGUUAUGUUGCCUCUCCAACAAAUGUGUUGAUCGUGGUUGUUCUGGCUGUGCUUUCGACUCGGACUGUAGUUCUGGUCAUGUGUGCUGUAAGAAGAGUUUUCCAAAACCUCAAACUGUCUGUGCUGAAAAAUGUAUUGAUCAGGAUUGUAAAAACAACGACGACUGCGCUGGGCGUGGGGAAUGUUGUCGUGGUGGUAAGUGUGUUGGUUUCACAUCGUGUACGGUGAACUGUAAGGCGAACUCGGAAUGCGAUUCGGGGAAGUAUUGUUGCAAGAAGGAACCUGUUCUUGUGUUUUGGAAAGGUCGUUGUCGUGAAACUUGCUUUCGUGAGGAUUGUAGCUCAGAUGAUGACUGCGGACCACCUAGUGAAUGCUGUAUUGCUGGAAAAUGUGCAAAAGAAGGUUGUCGUCCAGAGUGUGCUAGUAACUCGGACUGUUCGUCAGGUUUUUACUGUUGCAAGAACCAAUACCCAAACGGAGAAGCUAGCAAGUGCCUUUCGGACUGUUCAAUUGAAGGAUCCCAUCACUCCAGCGAUGAAUCUUCUCCACCGUGGCGUAUUGCUGUUAUAGUCAUCGCUGGAUUUAUCGCUCUUGGCGUAUCCAUUUCCGUGUAUUGGUGUUAUAAAAGAAAACGACCAAGCAACGCAAAUCAGGUCAACAGAGGAUCUCUGCAAAACACCCAGAAUCAAGGAACAGUAAUUACAAAUCUGAAACCUAACCCUCAGUUUACUGGCUUUAACAACCCUACACAACAGCAAGCUACUGCAUUUUCUCCUCAUUCUGGCACAGAUCGAUAUCGCGGACGACACGACACACUUGACAACGAUGGAUACGUGAUCAGUCCUCAUGAUGAAACCUACGAGUACCCUGAUGUUGGACAAGUUACCCAACGACAAGCUGGUCCCCAUCCACAAAAUGCCUUCAAUCCUCGUGAUAAUCCACCUCCGUAUCCUGGCAAUCAUCCUUGA